GUCUAGUACCCUUGCGCAGAGACGUGUGAUAGUUGUAUUUCUGUUGUCAUUGGUUCGACUGUGUACGACUAAGUAUAAGCUGUAAGAUCUACAAAUUCUGCAAAAAUGAAUGUGGUUCUUGCUGUGAAGAAGUAUAUUUCAAAAAUGAUUGAAGACACUGGACAAGGAAUGAAGAUGUUGCUCAUGGACAAGGAAACGACAAGCAUUGUAAGCAUGGUUUAUGCACAAUCAGAGAUUCUACAACAACAAGUUUACAUGUUUGAAAGAUUAGAAUCAAUGAAACGAGAUCCUCUUAAAAGUUUGAAGGCAAUCGUGUUUGUUCGACCUACAGUGGAAAAUGUACGACUUCUGUCACAAGAAUUGAAAUCACCAAAAUAUGGGCAAUAUUAUCUGUAUUUCAGUCAUGUUCUGAGUAAAGUUGAUUUGAAGUUAAUUGCAGAGAGUGAUGAACAUGAAGUUGUGCAAGAUGUUCAUGAAUUUUAUGCAGAUUAUAUUGCUAUAUCUCCUCAUCUAUUCACAAUCAAUAUAAAUAACUGUAUGAAGGGCUUCACCUGGUCACAUCCACUGCUGCAGAGAACAACUCAUGGUGUGUCUUCUGUCCUACUUGCCUUGAAAAAAUGUCCCAUCAUCAGAUAUCAACAUAAUUCAUCAAUGGCAAGACAACUAGCAGAGAAUGUCAAGCUUUUAAUCACCAAAGAAGCAUCCUUAUUCGAUUUCAGAAGAACUGAUUCAACACCUAUAUUAUUAAUAAUAGAUAGAAGAAACGAUCCUGUUACUCCAUUACUAAAUCAGUGGACAUAUCAAGCAAUGGUUCAUGAACUACUUGGGAUUAAUAAUGAUAGAGUUGACUUGUCAUCUGUACCCGGUAUUAGUAAAGAUUUGCAAGAAGUUGUUUUAUCGAGUCUACACGAUCAAUUCUAUGCAGAGAACAUGUAUAAAAAUUUUGGAGAGAUUGGUACCAGUAUAAAAGAAUUAAUGGAAGCUUUUCAAGAAAAAUCGAAAGGACAUCAGAAAGUUGAAUCCAUUGAUGAUAUGAAAGCAUUUGUAGAGAACUAUCCACAAUUCAAGAAGAUGUCUGGUACUGUUGCAAAGCAUGUGACUGUAGUUGGUGAACUAUCAAGAACUGUUGCUGUAAGAAAUUUACUUGAAAUAUCAGAAUGUGAACAAGAUUUAGUAUCAAGAAGCGAACACUCAUCCGCACUUCAGAUUGUUCGAAAAUUAAUUCGUGAUUCAAAGACGUCUGAUCUUGAUGCUUUACGAUUAGUUGCUUUAUAUUCGUUACGAUAUGAAACUCAUGCAAAUAAUGCAACUACAUCAUUGAUAGAUCAACUGUCAUCUUCACAUUAUGAUCAAAAGAAUAGCAAGGUGAUAAAUGCUCUGUUAAAAUAUGGAGGUUCGUCGUCAAGAUCAAGUGAUAUAUUCGGAUCUAAAGACGCAAUUUCAUUUACCAAGAAAUUUUUCAAAGGAUUGCAAGGAGUUGAAAAUGUGUAUACACAACACACUCCACUGUUGAAAGAUAUAAUUGAACAACUGGCAAGAAAUAGAUUGAAAGAAUCAGAAUAUCCUUAUCUUGGAUCUACUACCAUGCAAGAAAGAGCACAAGAUAUAAUUGUAUUUAUUGUUGGUGGGUGCACAUAUGAAGAAUCAAUGUGUGUUCACACACUAAAUUCUGCUAAUGUUGGAAUCAGAGUCGUUCUGGGUGGAACUGCUAUACACAAUACAUCAAGUUUUAUUGAAGAAGUUAUUCAUGCUUCAACACCGAGUUAUUCUGUCCGGAAUGCAAACAACAUUUGAAUACCCCAAGAUCAACUAGGAAAAAUCUCAACUUUUUAUCAUCUUAUAGUAGGAAUCAAAACAUGCUACCUUAGGUUGACAACCUAGCGACCCACCCAAUGAUAUUUUCUUUUCUCAUUAACAGUCCGUGUUGGUUGUGAGGAUAGUUAACCGGUUAGUUAUUGCGGAUGUAUGUACAGUGUUUCCCCGAAAAUAAGACCUAGCCUGAAUUUUAAAAAUGAUUUCAACAUAAGCCCUCCCCUUAAAAUAAGACCUAUUUAAUAACACGAAGUAUUUUUUGACCUAGUCGAUAACAAGAAAUCUCUCAUACACGUUUUAAAUGGUUGAUAAUCUGUGUUGUGCUGUUAUUUCGAAUAAAAAACGUGUUAUUCAUAAGUAAAUGGAUAUCGGUUUUCAUAUUUUGUAUGUUUGAAAAUUUCGUAGUUCUCUAUUUUGUAAUUUGGUUUUUGAUAAAUGAGAAUAUAAGACACCCC